AUGGACGCUGCAUCACUGAUGACGGCCCCCAAGAUGCACCUGGCAGGUAUUCUUAGAGGCGGUAACGAGAGCGCCAACCCGUACCUCAACCCAGAUCAUGCAUUUCAUAUUACUUUCUUCGAGAAACUUCAGGCGCGCUACGGCAACGAAGAGAAAUACUACCGCACAUUGAUAGCAAGGGAUGACUUGAAGAUUGGCCAUCUUUUCGGAACCUUGCGGAGCGGCCAAGAAAACAAGUCUUGGGCUCAGAGAGGGUGCCAACAGGCGUUUUACCGGAGCUCCUUCACGGUCCUUACAAUCUCCCGGAGGUCUGAGAACAGGGCUAAGGCUUCUGAUGAUUGGUAUUGGACAAUGCUCAUUUUGGCUCCUCCAAAGUUUAUCCAACAUCUUGCCGAAAUUUUGGAUUCUAUACCUGGAGAUAUCAUUGCGACGGGCCAGGCAAGCGGGCAAACAGCCCAGCUGUCCCGUGUUGUAUAUGCUCUCAGAAUAAUUGAGAAACGAUGGCGAGAGCUUGACGAGUAUAUAGGAGACUUAUUGAUGGAAGACUUUAUGGAUCCUGUGGCUUAUUGUCAGCUACUCUUUGAUGACUCGACAUUUAGCCGGUCACGGCUGUACUUCUGGGUUCUGGGAUGUCUCAACGAGUUUGACCCGAUGAUUGAAGAUAAUAUUACACAGUGGAAACUUUACCGUGAGGCCCGCGUCACUCCGUGCCUGCGUUCAGCAUCUGCAGCCUCGUCGACAUCACCGUCGUCCGAGGAGUCGUCCGAGGGCGGUCCGCACCAAUUCGACAAGGCGCAAGACCGAGCUUGGUUUCUCGAGCUCGACCAAAAGGGAGAGCAGGCAAAGCGCGACCUCGAGAAGGUGCGCGAGGGCUUCGAAGCGAAGAAGAAGCGAGUGAUUGCGUUGCGCGACGGCCUGUUCAACGCCAGCGCGCUGAUCGAGAGCCGCUCCUCGACACGGCUGGGCAUGAACGUGCAGCUGCUCACGUACGUGAGCAUCUUCUACCUCCCCAUGGGGUUCUGCGCCGCCCUCUGGGCCAUCCCCAACAUCACCGACCAGCACACCCAGACGCCGUUCAUCAUCACGGCCGUCCUCACCGGGCUCGUCACCUACUUGGCCGUGUUCAACCUGGAGAACCUGGCGCAGCUCCCCGGGCGUGUCUACGGGAGCCAUCGGAAGCGCCUCGUGCAGCAGAUGGAGCAGGACGAGGACCAGGCGUGGAAGGGGCGGAGCGGGGGAUUCGAGGAGUUUCCGCCGAGCGCUGGCCAGAGGAGACCGUCGGAGUGGUGGAUCAUGCGAUACCAGAUGCUUCGGCUUCUUCGAAGGCUGCGAACAGCGGCGACCCCUUGUACAGCGGUGGUAGUAAACUGCUUUGAUUUUAUUCGCCGCCUUCCAAGCUCUCUGAGACGACAGGAAGAUAGCGACGAGAAGAAGAGUGAAGUGUGA